CUCCACCACAGUAGCAACACAAUCGAGUGUCAACAAACACGGCGUGUGCGGAGUGGCGGGCUGCUGUGGAUUAGGUGCUGACAUCAAGCACCUGCUGCUUUUUACCAACGGCACUCAGGACAACAUUGUAAAAUUAUCUUUACAAAAACACGUACAGAGUGAACCAUGCCUACCUGGAAUCAGAUACAACAGCAGCUCAGGCACCCAAAUAACCCUGUGGUAUUCUUCGACAUAACAGUCGGGCAAACGGAAAUUGGACGAAUGAUUAUGGAAUUAUAUUCUGAUGUGUGCCCCAAAACAAGUGAGAAUUUCCGUCAGUUUUGUACAGGAGAAUAUCGCAAAGAUGGUGUUCCCAUUGGAUACAAAGGGGCAAGUUUCCAUAGAGUCAUAAAAGACUUUAUGAUUCAAGGAGGUGACUUUGUGAGGGGUGAUGGAACAGGAACCCAGAGCAUAUACGGACCAAGUUUUCCAGAUGAAAAUUUCCUUUUGAAACAUGAUGGCCCAGGACUACUCUCUUUGGCUAACAGUGGGAAGGACACCAAUGGCUGCCAGUUUUUUAUUACUUGUGCUAAAUGUGACUUCCUGGAUGGGAAGCAUGUGGUGUUUGGCAGGGUUAUUGAAGGAUUGCUGGUAAUGCGCAAGAUCGAGAAUGUUCCCACUGGACCAAACAACAAACCCAAGAUUCCUGUUGUCAUUUCUCAGUGUGGACAAAUGUGAGAUUAGUAUAGAAUAAAAUAGAAUACAAUCAAA